AGCAUCUUUUCAGCAUUACUCCUCCAUUUCCAAUUUACAUUUCAUAAUUACAUCUUUUCCUAAUCUUGGGCCCCUAUUCCAUCGCUCUUUCUGUUGGUAAAAUACAACGCAUGGCAGUUGCUCUGGCCUGCAGUAAAAAGCUCUGGCCAGCCUUUCUUAUCCACGCUGUGCUGAUGACUGUAGCCCUGCAGUCUGUUUGCCCUGUCCAUGCCUUUUUCCAUGUCGAACACUCCACAGAUAUAACAAGCGGCCAAUCUCAUCCAAAAGAUAUUGGACAGGACAGCCACCAUCAAAAUAGCAAUAGCAGCAUCAAGACACCUUUACACUCUCACACGCUCGAGCACUUACAGCCAUACCUGUGUGUCUGUCUCCGACAAGACGAUCCUACAUUGCUAUAUCAAGAAAGACGAUGUCCACACUGGCCAUACCCUUAUUGUCUGUAUAGCUAUGUUGAUGGCAGACUUCUUUUGGACGAAAAGACUCAGAGCGCUCAGGAUGAAAUCGUAGGACAAGAGGAAGAUGAGGACAGCGAUCACAUUGCCAUUAGAGACAAAAGCCAAACAAAAGGCGACGCAGAAGUAGCAACAGCUUCAUCAACUGAAAUAUAUGAAGAUUAUGUGGAGUAUGAGCACCAGGCCAUCCCUCCUAACCAGCCAGCAUCGAGUCCAACUAUUGCUGGAUCAACAUUCGUAGUCUAUUCUCGCGAGUCAGGAUCAAAAACACAGGCUAAGAACUUUACAUCUACUGAUAGCGAAUUGAGUCGCGAGACAGUUUUUGAGGGCUCCAUAAUCAAUUCAGACACAUCCUCCGAUCAUAUCGCUGUCCACCCAUCACAACAUGUUCAAUCUUCAAUUAUAGAGGCACGACACUCGACAGGUAUAGUCGACACUGCGUCCUCAAUUGCUACAGCUAAACUAAUGACCAGCAGCCCUCCCCAAAUUGAGCGACAUAUACCUUCAUAUGAACAGUGGCGCAAGCAGGUCUUGGAAAAGAAAAGGCUUACAGACUAUAACGAUCGCAAACAACGCAAGCGUAAACCAUAUCAAGAGAGCUCCGUGGAUGUUGCUAUUGGCGCCGAGGAUGAGCUUGGGUUCGUUUUUUCAAAUUUAGAUAACAAUGGCAAUGGCAAAGGAGGCGACAAUCGGCUUCAACAUAUCACUGAUCAGCUCGGAAAUGGGCCUGAUUUGAGGCAAAAGCCUAGUAGUGAAAUAGAAUGGAUUAAAGCAGAGUAUACAAAGGAUCCAAAAGACCGAUUCAACCAUGCUUCCUCUACUUGCGCAGCCAGCGUUGUGAAAGCGAGCAAAGACGCCACUAGCAUCACUGCAAUCCUUAAUGAGGGCAAAGACCACUACAUGUUGAAUAAAUGCUCCACCAAGGAAAAAUUUUUUGUCGUCGAGCUCUGUGAGGAGAUUUUGGUCGACACAUUCGUUCUGGGCAAUUAUGAGUUCUUUUCAUCAACUUUCAAGGAGUUUGUCGUCUCUGUGAACAGAUAUCCGCCUAGAGAUGAUGGCUGGAGCAUCCUUGGCCAUUUUCAAGCCAGGAAUACUAGAGACGCCCAAGUAUUUAGACCCUCCGUCCCUCAGCUGGCAACCUACAUACGGUUUGACUUUAUUAGCCACUAUGGCAAUGAGUACUAUUGUCCGAUUACUCUCUUGCGUGUAUAUGGAGCUACAGCCUUGGAACAGCUAAAGCAGGAAGAAGAAGAAGAAAAACGGCAGGCUGAAGAGGAAAAGCGGCUUGCUGAGCUUGAAAAAGCAAGGCAAGCUGCUGAAGCCGAGGAGGCAGAGGAGACAGAGGAGAUAGAAGAGACGGAGGAGACGCAGAGCACGACAAUUAAUGAUGCGGCAGAACUUAUUAGCACUAAUGAUACUCAAUCGAAUAAGCUGUCACAAACAGGCACCAGUGAGACAAUGGAUAAGGAGCAUGAUAGUCAACGCAAACCACUGGAAACGCCUGGCGCCUCCUUGGAGUCAGCACUACCAUUAGGUAAUUCCAGUACCGUGUUCGAAGGCGAAGAGGAUCAUAUGAAUUCGAUUCACACAGAUCCGCCUUUGCAAGUAUCGACUGCGGCCUCAUCAGAUAAUCAGGCAGUCACACUACCAUUCACAAGUAGUUCUGAUGCAGGUUCGCCAUCGCUCAGCUUAUUGAAUGAACCGAACACGGAUACUCGUGACAUUGGUGAUAAAAAUGGUGCAACCACUGGUCAAUUUACAUUAUCUGAUACAACCCUGAUAUCGUUCGAGCCUUUCACGGCAUCUGAGAGCCCUAUUUAUACAGAUGUUUUGCCUCCUCGCCCCUCAACUUCACCAGCUUCAAUACAGUAUGAUGAAGAGUGGGCGAAUGUUGGGCUUGCAAAGAUCACGCUGUCACCGAAAUCUAGAUCGACUCAUUCCCCAAAACCACCAAGUGUAUCUAAACCAGCUUCAGCAGGAGUCGGUACAACUUCUAGUAGUACUUCGUCAACAACAGAUUCAUCCCCGCAUGCAGCACCAUCACCUCAUCAUUCCUCCCAGGAGAGUGUAUACAAAAACAUUGUCAACCGUCUAAAAGUACUUGAACUUAAUUCAUCGUUGUCGUACCAAUACUUGGAGGAGCAGAGCAACGUCUUCAAUGAGAUUCUAGAGUCUAAUGAGCAAAAGAUAAACCAGCUUGUAAUUCAUCUUAAUGAGGCGACGCGUCGUUUAGAGACACUGGGUCGCAAAUACGAUCAGCUGGCAUACAGCUACAGGAUGAAUGUGGAAGUAGAGGGAGAAAAGCGUCGCCAGGAUUUUAUUAAUCUUUCUUCACAAGUCCAUUUGCUUGGAUCACAGGUCAUGUUCCAACGACAGCUCUUCGUGGUUGGCGCUAUUAUCACCAUCUUUAUUAUUGUAUUCAUCUCUAUUACCAAAAGCACGGCGAUGCAUUAUGCCAUACAACAGUCCCCCCUUGGGGCAAAACUCAGAGCUAUUUCAGGACAGAGACGAGAAGUUAGAUCCGACGGCACAGCAUCUUCUAUUAGGAUUGGCUCUGUAGAAAGCUUAAGUCGAUUCGAUCAAAGUACUCUUCUUCAUCGGCACCAUAGCGAUAGAAGAAAUGAUCUUGCGAGCGAUAGUAUCAAGGAUUCACCGCCAAUCUCGCCGACGGCUCCGGUAACGUCUGAUCCUAACCACACAACUCAGUCUACACUUUUGAAUGGCUCUGGUCACUCUUUGGCAGGGUCUCCUCACCCAGGCCCAGAAAUAUCAUUGCAGAACGAAGAAGCGAUAAAUAAUAGUCAUGGCCCAGCAGAAGAAGAAAGAAUACCGAGCUCACGUUCUGAAUUCCAUCCAACGCAGACACAUGAACCCGAAUCUCCAGAUUUUGCGCAUAUGUCUAGCCCUCAGUUUAAACAGGAACCCGCGAUUUCCCGUACCCCAUAUCCAACUCCAAAGAACAGCUAUGGACCUGGCCGCCUCGUCAUGCGUCCUAGUCACAGUAAUUCAUCUCAGACCGACUACAGGCCAGACUCCCCUGUUUUCCAAGGACUUUCAGGUAUCCAUGAUGAAGGACAAUUAUCGGAUGCGGAUGUGGCAUACAUGUCUCGAGAUAUGGAUGUUGGUCGUAUGAGUCCUCCGAACCUAAUUUCGAUGCCUAAUAGCCCUGUUAUGAGGAGGCUAUCAGCCACUUAUUAUAGCCAUGGUCACCAUCAGUAUAACUCAGGAUCAAUCCGACCGAUGUCUUCAUUGAGGAUGGACACUACACCAUCUUUGACGGCUUUAACAAAACUAGAAUCGCUUGAAGGCUCAGAUAUGCCUCAACAUUUUCCAAUAGACACUAUUUCAAACAGCACCCACAAACCCGAGUCAUUCAAUGGAGAUGAUAAUAACCACUCUUCACAAACGAUGAACGACCCGAACGAUGAAUCUUCGAUCAAGGCUCCAGAAAUGGUUUGCAAAACAUUUAAAGAGGAAGAGGAGGAUAUUGGCUUCGUUUCAGAUUCAGUCUUGGACACGACAUCAAAGAGCGUACCAGAUAAUGCUUCUGCAGGCGUACUUGGGGACUGGGAGAGGCAGCAUGGUAUUGGAGAGCAUUCAAGUCAUAAUGACAAGAGAGGGACAGAAGAAACAUAUCUUGACCAGGAGGAGACAGUGGCGGUAAUAGGCAGGAAGGGUAAAUCUUUAGGUCAAAUGACUGAAGCCACUGUUGGAAUGGAUGCAUCUGUUAAGGAACAACGGCCACAGCUUAUUCGAGAUAUGUCAUCACGUUCGAAACGAAAAAGUUCUCACAAUGCUUCGUAUCUAGUGGAAGACGCUAUCGCUCAUAAUGGGCAAAGUAUGAGCUUAGAUUUGAAUAUAGGCGCAGAGGAGCAUGUAUCAGCCUUACUAGACACUAGAAUGCGUCCAGAGACAACAGUAUAUCUUUCACCACUGGAAAGACAGGAGGCGGGGGGAGACCUCGCUCAGAAUGGGGAUGAGGAUGAAGGCACUCAAGCUGAUGACGAUUCCGCAAUGUCAAGGAGUCGUGGCCUUUCGGAUAAACGAAAAAAAAAUAGAAAGUCGUCACUGUCUGAAGGUCAAAUGGUUCCUAGGAGGCGAUCAAGUCAUGGGCGACACGAAAAUGUAGAAACAGUGACCCUGGAAGAUGACGGACUCGAUGGUGAUGAUGAACGUUCGCCACAGGUGUCACGCAAAUCAUGAUCCACAAGAGCCGAAUCAUGACUUAUGAUUUAUUAAUAGUCAAUUGUACUUUAGAGCUAUAAAUUUCUCG